UGCAUUUGUCAAAAUAUUGCUCACAAAAGUGAAUGAAGCAUUCAAUUUGUGUUGUAUUUUCUCAAUAAAAUGAUUAUUUCUCGCUCUAAUUCUGAGCAUAGAACAAGAUCAGAUAGUGUAUCCACAUUAUAAGUGGGCAAUCAGGCCGGUAAAGUAUUGUGCAAUGCAUUUUAUUAUGAAUGUUCAUAACAAAACAUCUUGUUAGUUUCAUUGCCAUGAAGAGAUCUUUUGCAUUCGCCUCGUCGGAGGAAUCCUUCGAGAAUCCCCAGAAGAUGAUAAAGGAAGAGCAGCCGGAAACGGAGACCAACUUGGUUUUCCUCACGGAACCGCAAUACACUGAGGAGAACCUUGGAGCGCCUGCUGAGCAUGAUCUCGAGAAUAGUCAGUCCGGGCAGUCCGGAUAUCAAGUGACAGACUUCAAAUCGCAGCUGGCGAAACUGGUCAAGACGAAUGAUGUCCCCAUGAACUUCACAGACAAUCUCUUGAAUCUGCUGCGGAGGAAUGGACACGCGGAUCUGCCCAGUGACAAGAAGAGUCUCAUCACUGAGUCGCGCUCAAAGAUGAGCCACAAUGCGGCGUUGAGCAAAAUCCUGGGCAAUCAGAAGCUGAUAAUGGAGCAAAUGAAGGCGCUGGCGCGAUCUCACGACGUCCAGAGGAUGAGACUCGCCGAUCUUUCUGAUAGAAUGGAUAAAAUUGUUUCAGUUGAUGCGGGUAAGGAAAAGUCAAAUCGUCGAUCAAAAGCUGAAGCCUUUCGAGAUUUUAGAAAUUUCACUCAGGAUCUCAAUGAAACUGAUGAGGAAAUAUUUCAUGACAAUAACGAUUCAGUUUCCAUGGCAAACUUUGAUCCUUUAGAAGAAGAUCUGGAAGAUCCAGAGCCUUCAGCACCUGAGAGAUCUCUCAGUUGUGGUCUUGGAGAAGAUUUGCAGUCGUUCGUUUACAAGCAUAAGUUGGGCUCUGCAGUAUCAGCGGAUUUGAUGGACUUGAUGGAAGUCUUGCAGCCACUUUCCAGAGAGCAGAAGGACAACAGUGCGACGCGAAAGAAUGUGAAAUGCUGUUGCAAACACGUUCUGUACAUUUAUCACGAGAUGAGGAAGACAAAAACCCACACGCAAUUGCACCGGGAGAUCCAUAAGAGACUUCCCAUGCAAACCAGAGAAGAGUUGGAGGAAUUUGAGGAAUCCUUGCAGGAGCAGAGCAACAGAGAUAACUUUAGAGACAUUGCGGUAAAUUUGACACUGAAACAAUUUCUGGCAGACGACAUUGUUCUGGGAAUGAAAUUUAGCGCAAAGGAUGAUCAAAAAGGUUUCAAGGAUUACUUGUUUUACGAGGUGUGGAAAGAAGCGGCAGCACUUUCAGAAUUGGAUUUCACAAAUUUCAUGAAGAGCCAAAUGAGAGCCGCCAAAAGUCGAAUUUACGCUGCUAAAUAUAACAACAAAAAAAAGAUCCUUGGAGACGUAAAAAAUGAGAUAGAUUAUGAUAUUGAAUGAAGGAGAAUAAAUGCAUUAAUUUUACU